AUGAGAACUCUGUUGGUAGCAGCUGAGGUCUGCCCUCCCACAACUUGGUUACAAAUUUCCAAGAUCGAGAUCAAGAGACAGAAGCCAAACCAGGAGCAUAAUAGUCAGAAAGAAGACAUUGAUGUGCUUAAAGAGAGACAGCAAGUACGAAGUCAGAGCACAGGCCUAGGGACUUUGGCAGUCACCUGGAAACCAAGAGGUGAUACGAAACAAAAAGAACAAGAACGCAAGAAGUAA